AUGACAAUAUCGACAUCAGAUAAAAUUGACCAACUUGAAAAUCGUUCAAAGCAGAAACUAUCCUCUCAAGUUAGCGCCCCUGAAACUUUUUCAACUUCACCAUUAUCUCCAUCACUGCCAAUACUAAACGAUGAUACUAUUAAUAUUCUUCUUCUUGGUGAAACAGGAGUUGGUAAAUCAACUUUUAUCAAUGCUUUUGCCAACUAUUUGACAUUCAGUUCAUUUGAAGAAGCAGAAUCAAAUGAACCGAUUGUAAUCAUUCCUGUCUCAUUUAUUAUGACGAUUGAUGAUAAUUUUGAAGAACGUUUAGUCAAAUUUGGUGAAGUCGAUAAUUUAAACAAUGAGAAUUUCAAUACCCUUGGUCAAUCCGUAACACAACAUUGUAAAUCUUAUGUAUUUGCUCUUAGUAAUGGUGAUAGAAGAAGGGUACGUAUUAUUGAUACACCUGGUUUUGGUGAUACACGAGGUCUUGAUCAAGAUGAACAAAAUAUGGAACAUACUUUACAAUAUAUCAAUAAUCUUAAACAUUUGAAUGCUAUUUGUUUUCUUCUUAAACCAAAUGUAUCAAGAUUAAAUAUCUUUUUUCGUACAUGUCUUAUUCAACUGUUUUCUCUUCUUGCUCCAACAGCUCGUAAUAGUAUUAUCUUUUGUUUUACUAAUGCUCGAUCAACAUUUUAUACACCUGGAAAUACAGCUCCAUUACUGAAGGCAAUGCUUGCAUCAUCGUCGAUCAAUGAUAUUUCUUUCAAAAAAGAGAAUACAUUUUGUUUUGAUAGUGAAUCAUUUCGAUAUUUAGUUGCUUUACAAAAUGAAAUUAAAUUCAAUGCUGAAGAAAAACAAGAGUAUGAAAUAAGUUGGUCAACAUCAGUAAGAGAAUCCAAUCGUCUGAUUAAUUACAUUAGUAAAGAACUAAAUGCAUAUCGUAUAGACAAAGGAUGGCAAUCGAUUAAACAUGCUCAAUUCGAAAUCUCUUAUAUGAUUCGUCCAAUAUUAGAAACAAUAAGAAAUACUCUUCGUAAUCUCAUCUUAUACAAGGCAAACCUAUCGAAUCAAUACAUUGAAAUAAAUUCGAAACCUCUUCAUUUCGCAUCCAGUCGUUGUCGUUCUUGUAAAGGCGAUCUACAGCAAGUUGGUCAAUUUUGGAUUUUAUCUCCUAGUCCACAUGUAGUUCAUAAUGACUGUCUCAUGUGCAAGUGUACGCUUGAUCUACAUGUUCCAAUUGAUUAUGUUCUCGACUAUAAAUGUUCAAAUAAAACUUCCAAUGAUCUUCAAAAUAAAAUGACUGAUAUACUAAACAAGCUGUGUCAUGUAAGUGCUAAAUUAGCUCAUUUUCUUAUCCAUACGGCUUGUUCUACAAAAGAUGAUCCAUUUUUGAUGGGCUUGGAAGAAAUGAUUGUAGAAGAAACAUAUAUCUGUGAAAUUCAAAAACCAAAUGAUUUCAACAUACAAUUGGUUCGAGAUUUGUCAAAACUUGAAAGUCAGUAUGAAGAACAGAAGAACAAAUUGAAAUCAAUCCAAGAAAAUUUUGAUCUCUCCGCUAUAUAUAAUUUAAUUAAGAUCGUCAGCGAUUAUCCUACGGUGCAUGAACAGAUGGUAGCUGUUAAGAAAAGACAAAAAAUGUUGAUUGAAGAAUACGAAUAUGAAGCAGACAAGAUUUAA